AUGAGUUCAGCGACAGGUUCCAAGGCGACCAAUAAUGAACAUCGUGAUGACUUAGAUGGAACAGCAGUAAAACCACCACAGACCACUACUCAUCUUGAUAGAUAUACAAGGCAAGGAUACCGUCCUUCUAGACCGGAGCCUGUCGACCAUGAUGCUCUAUACAGGUCUCUGAUGGAAGGUGUACAAGACAAAAGCAUUCUAGAGAAAAGUCCCCAAGUCCUUGAGUAUGAAAGAAGAAAUAACAUCAAACACGAGGGAUACAAGAGCGAAACAAUUGAGAAGAAUGCACUGAUGUCCAGCCAAGCGAUGGGUUCCGUAUGCGAACCAGCACCUCCAACAGACCCUAAGCCCGAGGUCCACCCAUGGAUACAACAAAAAUCGACGAAGAUUAACUACAUGCCAGUGCUCAGCUUGAUCAGAAUAUUUCCGCCCACAACCCGCCAAAGUCAUAUCACAAACCCAAGCCCUCCAACGCAGAAGUUGAGAUCGACUACGAUGGUGACACCUGUUGAUGCAGUAUUUGAAGACAUAUAUGACUUUGAUGAUAUCAAUGGUAUAUCCUUUGAGGCGCCAAGGUCAGGUAAAACAUACACAGCUGAUGAUUAUGGGGACAUUGUGCGCCCCACCUACAAACCGAGAGUCACAGAUGAUAGGGUACGACUUCCUCCCAUCGUCGUCGGUAACGCUCUUUGUCCGCAUCCUCCGACGGCUAGUCAUGGUACCGAUCAUAGACACGAGAAAUCAUCCGUAGAACUUGGGCACACAGACAUUGACCGACAUAAAGGAAGGAAAAUGCCAUAUGUUCAGAAACAACCACAGAAAGAACAUAACAUCAGCUUAGAGGGACCAGCAACAAAAACACCGCAGACCACUGCAUACCUUGAUAGAUAUACAAGGCCAGGAUACUGUACUUCUAGACCGGAACCUGUCGACCAUGAUGUUCUGUACAGAUCUCUGAUGGAAGGUGUACAAGACAAAAGCAUGCUAGAGAAAAGUCCCCAAGUUCUAGAGUAUGAAAGAAGAAAUAACAUCAAACAUGAGGGGUGCAAGAGCGGAAUAACUGAGAAAAAUUCAGACACGUCCAGCUAUGCCGAUAGUGUUCUCACGAGGAGGGAGUCAGUAUACCAACCAGCACCUCCAACAGCCCCUAAACCCGAGACCCAGCAUGGAUACAACAGAAAUCGACAAAGAUUACUACAUGCCAGUGUUCAGCUUGAUCAGGAUGUUUCCGUCCGCAGCCCGCCAAAGCCGUAUCACAAGCCAAGACCUCCAACAGCAGAAGUUGAAACUGACUACGACGGUGACAUACAGGAAGCGCUCAGAGUCGAGAGAGAGCUUGAUCGUCUCCACAAGGCGCUUGAAAAGCAGAGGAAAGCCAAUCUGCCAUACGGUAUGGAAAUCCUUCCUCCUACAACAGCUGCUGCAGCCAAUUCAAACCUUCCUGGGUGUUCAACCCCUUGCCUGAUUCCAACUGCCGCUGUCCCUUACAAAUCAGCUGAGCAUGUGAAAACCUGGAAUGGCGAUACUGCAAAGAGAGGGCUGGGAUUUAGGUCAAAGAUCAAGAGAGAACAGCAGGAGAAAAGAAAGCUUAGUAUCAACCUUAUUCCUGAAAAAAUCAGGAAAGAAAUGAAAAAGUAUUUUGGCUAAGUUACUUUUUUUAAUCAUGCACAUUUUUAUCUUUUCCCGUAUUAUUUUAUGAAAUUUUAGUUUACUUUCUUGCAUUUUAACAAUUUGGUAAGUGACUGCAUUUUUCUUUUGUGUAUUUGUGGAUUGUAUAUGUCCUUUUGGCAUAAUGGUCGUUAGCCACUGGAAAUAUUUAAAGCCAAGAGGCUUGCGUACAGUAUUCAACAAAGUCAAUCACGCUAUUGGACAGAGAAAACUGUAAAUAAUCCAAACUCUUUUCAUAGAAACUGUUAAAUAUUUGGUACGUUCAUCACAGAAACUGUAAAUAUAUGAUACAAAAAACGUACGUUCUUCACAGAAACUGUAAAUAUAUGAUACAAAAAACGUACGUUCUUCACAGAAACUGUAAAUAUCCGAUUCACAAAAUGUACUUCACAGACACUGGAUCAAAGCUUCUUGGAAAUAUAAAUAGUGCCUUACAGAAACGAAAACAUUCUGAGUGCUAUAUUUUGAAACUGCAGACUUUUGACAAGUAAUAAAUAUA